CCUUSACAAGUUGGUGAGUYGAGAUAAAUUCUUGAUCGACCUACGAAAAUUCUCCCUUCGAUGAGGAUUUCUGCCUCUUGAUAUGGAUUUGGUUAUGAUAUUUUUCGUCAUGCUUAUUAGCUCUUGCAAUCAUCCGAUUUUGGGGACWAAUUCUACAAAUACUACGAAAUGUCGCGAAUYACUUCAAAAACCUAAACGAGCAGUACAAUUAAAUGCUGAUGUUAUAAUUGGUGGGCUUUUCCCUCUACGUUUGACUGAGAAAAACGCAAAGAAGUGUUCCACAGGAAGCGCGGAUUACAUCAUGUUAGAAAUGGCAAGGGGUGAGCCACAGUGCAAGAAACUGAACUACAGAGCUGUCAUGUGGGUUGAAGCGAUSCUYUUUGCUAUUARUGCGAUUAAUUCGCGAGAUGACAUUCUUCCCGGUGUUACACUUGGGUAUGAUAUCAGAGAUACAGCAAAUGAUGUUAAUUAUGCCACCAAAUGCGCCUUGGACUUCAUCGUGCUUAAAGAAGCGAACUCUUCAAUGAAAAGCAYUAWUAAUAACUGUUUGUGUACAAAUGAGACGAAGACAACGUCAGUGGUAGCCGUGGUAGGUGGCGCAGGAUCUAAGAUCUCCAAAGCUAUUAACUACAUUCUUAGUGUGGACAAUGUCCCUCAAAUUAGCUAUUCCUCAACGAGUCCUUCAUUGAGUGACAAGUAUAACUUCCCGUCCUUCUUGAGAACCAUWCCACCYGACUACAUACAAGCUCAGGUAAUGGCAGAUCUUAUCUCUCAUUAUGAAUGGACUUACGUUUCGACUAUCGCUACCGAUGARGACUAUGGYAGACUAGGGAUCGAGGCUUUGAAAAAAGAGUUCAAAAUGAGAAAUAUUUGUAUUUCUGUCGAUGAAUUGUUUCAUCACGACAACAACCAGCCUUCGACCAAAGCAAAGAUCAAAUAUAUAGUGCAAAAAYUAAAGGCUGAUAAUAAAGCAAAAGUGGUAGUUUUAUUUUGUGAGGGACCUAAUGCGUUUGCCGUUUUGGAAGAAGCAGAGCGUCAAGGUCUUAAAGGAAAGACGUGGAUAGCMCCAGAGUCCUGGGGCGACAAUAUCGAURGCCUCUCACCCUUCAAGGGUUCUACCAUCGGAGGGAUGCUAGGUGUAGUCCCAUGGAAGGGUGACAUUCAGCAGUUUGCAAGCCAUAUGUCUAGUUUGACUCCCAAUAAUACUGAACAUAACCCGUGGUUURAAGACUUUUGGAAAGGCAAGUACAGUUGUUAUAAAACAUCAGAAAAUCUCCCACAAAGWAYCAAUGAAUCAYWUCGUAGCUAUGACCUUCAAAUUUGGAAAUGUCCUGGGUACAAGAGUCCCCUAUUGCCAAACGCAGGGAAGCUCCAGCUUAAUAAGUCCCCUAACGUCAUGGACAGCGUGUAUGCUAWUGCACUGGCRCUGCACAAGAUGCUUAAUUGCACUUCCGGUGUUGCGGGAUCAUGUUCGGGCUCGAAGAUUGUCCCUCGGGAUCUGUUGGCUUAUAUCAAACAAUCGGACUUYACGGGUACGCUUGGCUAUCCAAUCAAGUUUGACAAGCAUGGUGACACYAAAGGGAACUACCUAAUUAAAAGCCUUCAGCCAAACAACACCCAACCAUACAACAAGCAAUUCGUUUCUAUUGGAUUCUGGCGUUGGAUCGACAGCAGACUUGUCAUCAACGUCGAUAAUAUCACUUGGAAUUCUGGCGAGAGAAMGAAACCUGUAUCUCGGUGCAGUGUGCCAUGUAGUCAGGGGGAGUAUCCGGUUCAGGGGGGCUCAACAUGUUGCUGGACGUGCGUUCAAUGUCCAAUGGGCUAUAUCAAAAACAAAACGGGUAAAGGUGAGUGCAUCUCUUGUGAAAAGGGGUACACUUCCGACCACACCCACUCAAGGUGUCUCGAGUUACCUAUGUUGUAUCUACAAUGGGGUGAGGUGACUGCAAUUGUGAUAUUAAACUUUUCAGCGGUUGGCUUGGUAACGACAGCCAUUGUUCUCUGUGUUUAUUUAAAGUUCAGUGAUACCGCUAUCGUCAAGGCCUCGACACGUGAGUUCACCUUCCUAAUGCUCAUUAUUAUUGCAUUGAUGUUCUCCUUAACARCAUUAUACAUUGGRAAACCAACCUACGUCAUUUGCCAAAUAAGGCCAUUUUGUUUUGCCUUUGUGAUUACAUUYUGGACAUCAUUGAUGCUGACCAAAACAAACCGUYUGCUGCUUAUUUUCAAAAGCAAACGAAUUCCAGUGAGAGACAGARUCCUUGGAAUUCGAUUUCAACUUGUCCUAGCGAUUAUUCUAACAUUGCURAUCAUCAUAACAGCCCUUGCAUGGGUCUUUGUAUAUCCACCGGAAGUGACGUAUCAUUAURCAGAUAGUCACGUGAUAAUCGACUGUGGUAACCAAUCAGAUAAGUUACUUAUAAUAACUUUGGGAUAYAYUGCKGUAUURGCAAUAAUAACGACGUUCUUAGCUUACAAGGCRCGUAAUUURCCGGAGAACUUUAACGAGACUCGUUACAUUGGCUUCUCGAUGUUUACAUUUUGUAUUAUUUGGCUAACAUACAUUCCGCUAUACUACGGCACAGGCCCMGCCAUUAAGUACGUCUUUCUUUGCUGCUGUAUAAUUGUCACGGGYCUCAGUGCUCUCAUMUGUAUGUUCUUUAAUCGCUUAAGGAUCAUUUUAUUCCAUCCCGAGGAAAACAGAACAGAGAUUAUAAGAGCAAGAACUUUUGUGUACACAAUGAGAGAYAAAAAYGGUGCGCAAAGCACUGCUGCAAGAAAUAUGCGGCGGACUUCUGUUGUUACAGUGGGCAACUUCUCUUUGCAAACACCAGACUAAAAUCAGCUUGAAUGAUUUUAUAUAUUAUACGUCACUAAUUGACGUUAUGUUAUACUUGUGACGCCACGCCAUACUAACUUGUUCCAUUUUAUAUAAAUCCAGGUAAUAAAUAUGACAAGAGGUCUGUUUUUCUUUAC